UGGGUGUUCAUUGAUCUAAUCCUUGUUUAUAUUCUGUUUCUCGGGUUGGUGGAUGAUUGGAAGGCAUUUCGUGGUGUAUGGGCUUGUCAUUACUUUUCAAUUAAGCCAGCUCUCCUUUUCUGGCCCAUCCCAAGAUGCGUAACCAUCUCAAAUUUGAGUAGACAUGUAUUGAAUGUUUCGAUACGUUCGGUCAGCACGUAGUGGAAAAAUAGUGAUUUGUGCACAAUCCCGUCGGCCACUAAUUUCCCCGGCCCGGAAUGUUUGUAUUGAUUCCGCAUCGGAGUAAGUCAUCCCAUUUACCUGCUUCCACCCUGGUAAUCAAUUCCACCGCGCCAUUCGGGGUGCAUUUUAUAUCGACAUGCGCCUCUUGGCCACAGGCAGGGCGCUGCGGGCCACCAGCAGCAGAUGGGCAAUCAGCAGGAACGUGCGCAUUCCGUUCUCGCAUGUCUCGCACACCUCGGACCCUCUCCGCAGAACCUGGAGCUCAACAACGGCUCUCAGAACGCAAGGGUCGACGAACCCGGAUCAGAAGCCGGAUCCUCUGGGUUCCAUAAAGAAGCCAUCUUUAACAAUUGAAGAUAAAUCUUACCCCACAGACCAAUGGACCAACACCCCCGAUACGAUCCUCUCCCACGUCGGAAGACGACUCUACCUCGACGAGAACCACCCCCUCGCCAUCACCCGGAAGCUAAUCGAAAGUCAGUUCCCGGGUCCCGUCUACGGAAACUACCACGAGAAGAGUCCCGUUGUCACGACCGCGCAGAACUUCGACGUCCUCGGGUUCCCGCUGGACCACCCCGGCCGUAGCCGCACAGAUACCUACUAUGUCAAUGACAAGACCGUGUUGCGAACACACACCAGCGCGCACCAGCAAGCAUACUUCCAACAGAUCAACCGGAAUGAGAAAUCGCGUCCCGGAGAAGUUGGGUACACUGUUGUUGCGGACGUCUAUCGCCGAGAUGCUAUCGAUCGCAGCCAUUACCCCGUUUUCCAUCAAAUGGAGGGCGCCAUGUUGUGGAAACGGCCCGACACUGAGCCAUUAAAGGCUGCGAAGGAAACAGCCGCCAGGAUCACGGACGAUCUCAACCGCAUCCCGACUCACGACGUUGCCGUCGAGGACCCCAACCCCACCAUUCACGCAGAGCGCAACCCACUCCAGGCAGAGCACCACAGCGCGGAGGAAGUCGAGGCCAUCGCGGCGCACCUCAAACGCUCCCUCGAGCGAAUGGUGAUCAAGAUCUUCACCGAAGCCAGCAAGGCCGCCGCGGCCGCCGACGGCAACAACGCUGCCGAACAGGAACCGCUGAAGGUCCGCUGGGUGGAGGCUUAUUUCCCCUUCACCAGCCCGUCCUGGGAACUCGAAGUCUUCUGGCAAGGCGACUGGCUCGAGAUCCUGGGCUGCGGUGUCAUCAAGCAAGAGCUGCUGAUCAACUCGGACGUGCCAAAUCGCAUCGGAUGGGCCUUCGGACUGGGCCUCGAGCGCAUCGCCAUGCUCCUCUUCAACAUCCCGGACAUCCGACUCUUCUGGUCCCGCGAUGAGCGCUUCCUCUCCCAGUUCAAGGCCGGCCAUAUCUCCCGCUUCGAGCCCUUCUCCAAACACCCCGCCUGCUACAAGGAUGUCGCCUUCUGGCUGCCUUCUGCGGCCGUAAGCGGCGGUAGCGCUGCCGGCGGCGCCGUGCCAGUCCACGAGAACGAUAUCAUGGAGAUCGUCCGUGGUGUUGCAGGCGAUCUGGUCGAAGACGUCCGACUUAUCGAUGAAUUCACGCACCCAAAGACCGGCAAGAAGAGCAUGUGCUACCGGAUCAACUACCGCAGUCUGGAGCGCACCUUGACCAACGAAGAGACUAAUGACCUCCAUAAUCAGGUCAGGGAGAAGCUUGUAGGCUUGCUGGGUGUUCAGUUGAGGUAAUCGGAUUCAAAUCGGCAUGUUGUGGCAUGUGGCAUGGAUCCUUGUAUAAUAUCCCACAGUUAUUUCAUGAUUGGUCCCAGUGUACCUUUAUCUGUACAGUAUUUGGAAAAUAAAAAUUUCAUCUCGACUUCAAGGUUGAUCUUAGUG